AUGCAAGCAAGUGAGGUUAGUUGAUUUUGUUUUCUGACAAGUUUCUGUAGUCCAAUAAUCAAAAAAUCUGUGAAUAAAAAUGGCUUUAUCUGUUCCAAAAGCACCCGGAGUUUCGCAGAUGCUCAAAGAAGGAGCUCGGAUGUACAGUGGCUUGGAGGAAGCAGUCUACCGUAACAUCACUGCCUGCAAGGAAUUUGCUCAGACCAUGCGCUCCGCCUACGGACCAAAUGGCAUGAACAAAAUGAUAAUCAACCACAUUGAGAAACAAUUUGUCACCAGUGAUGCCGGCACUAUAAUGCGUGAGUUGGAUGUUGAACAUCCAGCAGCAAAAUUAAUGGUCAUGGCCAGCCAGAUUCAAGAUGCCGAGGUGGGCGAUGGUACCAAUUUUGUUGUUAUAUUUGCCGGGGCUUUGUUAGAGAAAGCCGAAGAACUUUUGCGUUUGGGCAUUACCACAGCCGAAAUCUCUGAAGGCUAUGAACGGGCUUUGGAUAAGGCCCUGGAGAUCUUACCUAAGCUAGUUUGCCAUGAAAUCAAGGAUUACCGCGAUGUCAAGCAAGUAAAGGAAUGCAUGAAAUCGGCUCUUAUGUCCAAACAAUAUGGACAGGAGGACUUCCUGACAGACUUGGUUGCCAAGGCUUGUGUAUCUAUAUUGCCCGACAAAGGCACUUUCAAUGUGGACAAUAUUCGUGUAUGCAAGAUUUUGGGCAGUGGUUUGUCCAAAUCAGAGGUGGUACAUGGUAUGGUAUUCAAACGUUUCGUUGAAGGUGAUGUCACCUUUGCCGAAAAGACCAAGGUAGCCAUUUUCUCUUGUCCUAUUGACAUUAUCCAGACUGAAACCAAGGGCACCGUGCUGAUAAAAUCUGCUGAUGAACUCAUGAACUUCUCGUCUGGUGAGGAAAAUCUUUUGGAAUCUCAAAUCAAAGCCAUUGCUGAGACUGGCGCCAAGGUUGUGGUCUCAGGUGGCAAGGUGGGAGAUAUGGCUUUGCAUUUCCUAAACAAGUAUGGUCUUAUGGCUGUGCGUUUAAAUUCCAAAUUUGACUUGAGACGUUUGGCUAGAGCUGUCAAUGGUACUGUGCUGCCACGCAUCACAACUCCAAGCCAAGAGGAGUUGGGCUAUUGCGAUAAAGUAUGCAUCGAAGAGUUGGGCGACACCACAGUUGUGGCAUUCAGAAACGAUGGCAAGGAUUCACGCAUUGCCACAAUUGUAAUUCGUGGUGCCACUGACAAUUUCUUGGAUGAUAUUGAAAGAGCCAUAGAUGAUGGUGUUAAUAACUUCAAAUGUCUAUCUCGAGAUGGCCGCUAUGUGCCAGGCGCUGGCGCUGUUGAAAUAGAAUUGGCUACACAAAUCGCUGCCUAUGCUGAUACAUUGCCUGGCCUGGAACAAUAUGCCGUACGUAAAUUUGCAGCUGCCUUAGAGGUUUUCCCCAAGGCCUUGUCCGAAAACACUGGUGUUAAUGGCACAGAUGUAGUAAAUCAAUUGUAUUUGGCCCAUACGGAUGCCAAAGGCAAAAAUAUCGGCUAUAACAUUGAGGCUGAGAAAGCUGAAACCAUCGAUGUGACAACCAGCAAGGUGUACGAUCUCUUCCAAUCAAAAUACUGGGGCAUGAAGUAUGCCGUCGGUGCCGCCACCACAGUGCUGAAAGUGGAUCAAAUUAUAAUGGCCAAGCGGGCUGGUGGUCCUAAACCUCGUCAAAAUGCUGGCAGUGAUGAUGAGAGCUAAAUAUUCCCUCACCAUCACCCACCCACCCCAGAAUCAUAUUCACAUUUCGCAUUUUGUUUCAUGUUAACACAUAUUUUAGGUUUCUCAUCAUAUCUAUACUCUGCGCUUAACAACAACAAAACACAUGUAAUGUAUUAAUUAUUUCUUAAAUACUUUCUGUUAAUGCCUUCCUUCCUAUACCUUUUCAUUGUAUUUUUUUCUAAGAUUUUACUAAUAAAUAUUCAUCCAAACUAUUGCAAGAUGGUAUCUAUGGAAA